AGUUAGUCAGUGAGUGAGUGAGUGAAGGCGUCGUCCAGCCUCUCUUAACCUCAAAGCCAGUCACAACCAUCCCAAAGGGUCUAUACCAGCCGCGAGGAGACCCUUUCGUCAGGGGCCACCCACCCAGUGCCUGCGACUCAACGCCAGCGAUCUUCGCUACCACUCCCGCCAGUGACUUCAACGGCUCGAACUCGUCCCAACCCGAGGCAAGUGUUCCUGGCCUCUGAGCGACCCAGCUACCCAUCACCCACCGACGACCUGUGGGUCUGUGCGUUCACACCUUCGCUCAUCCAUCCGUCCGUCCGUCUCGUUCCAUCCGUCCCGUUCCAUCCGUAGGGAAUCGAAUAGGGAGUCGGCCGUGAAUGAACCAAAACUAGAAAGUCCUCCGCUCACCCGUCCUCCUUGCCUGCCUUCCUUCAAGUCAGUGCCAACCACCGCAGCGUGUGGCCCCCAGUGGUCGGUGAUAGGAACCAAGUCUCUCGAGUAGGGGGAGGUGGGUGGUUCGCCAGCCUUGGUGCCAAACGCGUUCAAUUGUCUGGUUGGUCCGGUAAUCCUCGAGCUUUGAAGGGAUCGCUGUCAACCUUCGUUCACAACGUGCGGCGUGAGAGAAUCAAAGCGAGGCGGGUGGGUUAGUGAAAAGACCAUUGUAAAGACUAGUGAGCGGGAGCGGAAGCGGGCCCAGCCAAAACAAACGGAUUUCUAUCCGCAGCCGUUUCAACCACCAAAAUAAACAAUCGAGAUCGUUCAAAAUAGGAUCACGAGAACCCUUAAGAAGGCCAUACAUUGAUUCGGAGUGACGCCACUUCAAAUUUUAGUGCCCGGCCAGUGCGGGUUGACCGCUAUGCCAUUGGACUCAAGCCAGAAAUGGGUCUGAUUUGGAUCUGAUAUGCAUUGGAACGGAUUAUAAGAAAGGUCAAUUUGAGCCCGGCCAUUCUUAUCUAUGGCCUGAUUGUUAUGUUAAUGGUCGUUGAGCUGAGAUAUUUGAAAUGCUACAGUAAAAGGUGCACCACGGAUGUUAGGCCCAGGUUGUGCUUGUGUGCCAAAUCUAUUUUCGGCUUGAGUUUGCCUGCGGGCUGUUGAUAUCGCCAUCCUGAAGCGAUCAUAAUUUGGAACCUACUGAAAUCCAUCGGCUGAACAAGAAACAACAACGGAUUUUUCCCAAUCUAGGGAUUGAACGGUUUUUUCGAAGCCAAAUCCGAGGUCCACUGGCUCCUCUGUGACCUCAUCAUUGUCCUCCGGAUCAACCUCGUCUCUGUCUUUGCUGUCAUUCACGAUGGCGGAUUUACCCGGCUCGAGUGGGCCUUACAUUAUCCAGGACGAUAAUUUUAGCUUAUCCUUGCUGAACGAGCUUAGUGUAAAAUAUGGUAUCCAAACCCACCUGUCGCAUUCGCCUUUGCCGCAGAAGUUGGAGGAACUUCGCGAAUAUUUACGUCGAGAGAUUCGAAAAGAGCUGAAAAUCAAAGAGGGGGCAGAGAACUUGCGCAAAGUGGCCACCGACAAGAAGAGUGUAUCGGAUGUGAAUACGAUUGUGAAAAAGUCAAAUUCCAAGCUCACCGAGCUGCAGCAAGAACUCCAAGAACUCGAGUCCCAGAUUCUAGUGACCCAUCAGUCCAGGCAUGGCACGCCCAAUGCAAGUUUGUCAGAUUCAGCCCUCUCCGCUGGACUCGGGGGUGGCGAAGGGGUGGAGGAAAUUGAGCACAUCACGGCUUUCGAGAAACAGUUACUCCACCUCCAAAAGCAAUUGGAGAUCGAGUGCAAAGUGAAAAAUGGCGCAGACAACAUGAUCGUGGAGUAUUCGGUGAGCACACACGGUGGCAAAGACAAGAAGAUGCUCUUAAACGAAGCUCAACAGAUGUCGUCCGACUCGAAGGCUAAGAUCGAGUACUUGAGGAUGCGACUGGCCAAACUGAAACAAACCCAAGAGACCUCGGAAAGUAUGGACUCCGAGAACAACGUAAAUACCAAGAUGUCUCUGGAAGAGACACUCGAACGUCGGAUUGAUGAACUCCGACAUCACCUUCACAUUGAAUCCGCCUGUCUCGAAGGAGCCAAUAACGCCAUGAAAUUGUUGCAAAGUGUCAAAGUCCCCGAUAAAAGGGCCUUGCAAGAGGCGCAAGACAACAUUUCUGCCUCGUCUCAAAAGUUGGACUUGAUCCGUCACUCGCUGGAAAUUCAUCGCCAACAGCUCUCUCCAGAAUCGAAUAUUGCCGUGGAACUGAAAAAAGAAAUCGAUUCCUCACAAGCCAUGUCCCCACCUGGUAACAUGACAUUCACCUCCAUUGUUGAAGGCCCGGGAGGCCUGGGUCACACUCCCCGUCAAAGUGAAAAUCAUCGAGGCCAUCGGAACUCCAUUUCAUUUCCUCGAGCUGCGGCAGUCACGGGAAAGUUGGAGGUUCGUCUUAUGGGUUGCCAAGAUCUUUUGGAAGAUGUCCCAGGAAGAUCUCGAAAAAAUGAGCCCGGCGUGUUUUCGUCCCCCACAGAUGGAAAGGCCUUGAGCUUUAUGAAAGGUGUCACCCGAAGCUCAUCUAAAAGCUACAAUAUCAAAGAUCAAACGAGUAAUGAGAUAAUGGCCGUUCUGAAGUUAGAUAAUGUAACUGUGGACAAAACCAAUUGGAGACCUUGCUCACAGCAAGCAUGGGAUCAGAGAUUCAGCUUUACUCUGGAUAAGUCCCGAGAAUUGGAAAUUGAUAUUUAUUGGCGCGAUUGGCGCUCAUUAUGUGCUGUGAAGUUCCUUCGUUUAGAAGACUUUAUCGACGAUGUUCGCCAUGGAAUGGCCCUUAAGCUUGAGCCUCAAGGACUUCUGUUUGCUGAGAUCAAAUUCCUCAAUCCCCUGAUCACGAGAAAGCCUAAGCUUCGCCGGCAGCGGAAGAUCUUCCGACAACAAGGCAAGAUUCCUCGUCCUGACCAAAUGAAUAUCAAUGUGGCCACAUGGGGACGGCUACUCAAAAGGAACCUGAACUUCCAAAGGUCCAUGCCCACACUAGACACCAAUGCCAUCGCUUCAGCCAAUAACAUGAUUGCUGCUCAACAGCAACAACAACAACGGGAGCAACAGCUCCAGCAUCAAAAUUCGCGACAAGACUUUACCAGCGCGACAGGAUUCGCACCCAGACCCACAAAAUUGGACUUCAGUGAUCAAUCCUCGAUGGUUUCGGCCAACGCCAACGUUCAUGGAGAGAGACAAUCCACCACGAAUGACAAUGAAUUUCGCUCAUCCACCAGGAUCUCGCAGAAGGGUCCGGCCCCACCUGUACCCAUCACACCACCUGUGGAUUGGGACUCUCAAUCCUCAAGACCCGUACCCACUCCGAGGACCUCGAGCACGGCGGCCUCCAAUAUCAACAACAAUGUGGAUGCGAAUAACACCUCCCGCGUAGUGAUCAACCCUAGCGAAGGGGUCCAAGUGACCCCAGCCGGAGCCAUGGCCCCUCCGGCCCUCAACCCCGCUCUCAAAUCCGAACCAAUCUAUGAAUUGGAGAAGAAAGGCCAUACCUCCGUCAUUCGAGUCAGUUAUCCCGCUCCAGAGCCCGGACUUUCUUUCCCAGCCACCCCUGAGCAACAGCCGCAGCAGACUUUGGGCGUGGGCGAAGUCCCCAUCCCUCCUGUUCGCAAUAACCGCGCCACUGGAGGAGCUUCAUCCAGCUCAAAUACUGCAGCCACCACCGGGGCGGUCCUUCAAUUCCCUAAGCCCGGCUCGAAUUCGUCGAUUUCAUCCUCAGCCACACAAAAGCUACUCCAAGCAGGAGCGGACGGACACAUGGGAUUGGAUAACUUCAAUUUCUGCACGGUCCUGGGUCGUGGUCAUUUCGGAAAGGUUAUUCUUGCUCAAUACUUAAACACUGGCGAAUACUUUGCCAUCAAAGCCUUGAAGAAAGGUGACAUAAUAGCCCGCGAUGAAGUCGAAUCGCUUUUGGCCGAGAAACGCAUCUUCGAGGUGGCCAACUCAAUGCGACAUCCCUUCCUCGUGAACAUGUUUGCCUGCUUCCAAACUCAAUCGCACGUGUGUUUCGUGAUGGAAUACGCGGCCGGAGGAGACCUCAUGAUGCACAUCCAUGCUGACGUGUUCUCCGAACCAAGAUCCGUGUUCUACACCGCAUGUGUCGUGCUCGGGCUCAAGUACUUGCACGAAAACAAAAUCAUUUAUCGAGAUCUCAAAUUAGACAACCUGUUAUUGGACACGGAUGGGUACGUGAAAAUUGCAGAUUUCGGUCUUUGCAAGGAAGGCAUGGGCUACGGGGAUCGAACGGGGACGUUUUGUGGCACACCUGAGUUUUUGGCCCCAGAGGUACUCACUGACACCUCUUACACCCGCGCUGUGGACUGGUGGGGAUUGGGCGUGCUUAUAUUUGAAAUGCUCGUUGGAGAAUCUCCCUUCCCCGGUGAUGAUGAGGAAGAGGUUUUUGACAGCAUUGUCAACGACGAGGUCCGGUAUCCCCGAUUCUUGUCCUUGGAGGCCAUUGCCAUUAUGCGGCGGUUGCUCCGGAAGAACCCGGAUCGCCGACUGGGCGCGAGUGAGCGAGAUGCCGAAGAUGUGAAGAAACAAGCUUUCUUUCGUAGUGUCAAUUGGGACGACCUGCUCAUGCGGCGAGUAGUUCCUCCUUUCGUGCCCACCGUGAAUGGAUCCGAAGACGUGUCGAAUUUUGACGAGGAAUUCACUUCAGAGAAGCCCGUGCUCACCCCGCCCAAAGAAUCCCGCACUCUAACUACUGAAGAACAAAAGUUGUUCUCGGAUUUUAGUUACAUGGCUGACUGGUGUUAAAGACAAUUUUAGAGCGCGGUUUGGAAUAUGCAGGGAGCAAACUUGAUCAUCGGGUCAGACCUCAGAAAGAAGAUGUCUCUGUAGAAGUUGGAACAGCAGUAAUGGUGAUUGAGUUAGUAAUCGCUGUUGAAGAAUUUGGUCUAGUAGCUGGAAAAAAACCUUAGCACCUGGUAAUAGUUUUGAUAACGAUGAUACUAAUAAUGAUGAUUGAUGAAGUGAUGAGAGCACUCGUUACUCUAGAAAUGGAAAUACUGAAAGGGAAAAUUCCCUGUUUUUGGUCGUCAAACCCCAAACAAUCACCAACCCAAAAGCCAACCACUUCCUACUGUGAUCGAAGAUGGCAGAUGCGUCAAGAGGAUGCCUCUAUGUCUGUUUGUCUUCAAGGGAUGGAUGUCGAUCGUCCAUGCCAAUCCGUGCCUUACUAUAUCUUACAGAUUCACAAAUCAAUGAUGCGCUUUAGCUCUUCUAUAAUUGUACUACGAUGUAUCGUCAUCAUCAUUACUAUUGCUACGAUUACUAUUAUUAUUAUUAUUAUUACUACUAUUGAUUCAUAUUCUUACCCACUACUAGUACGAUUUCUUUACCUAUAAACGCAAAUGAUUCAAACUGUGCCUUACCAUCUCCCGAGCGAUGACUACUUUCCCUGAUGAUGCCACGAUAAUGAAUCUAUUGUUGUUAUUCUUCUUAAUAUUAUCCUUCCUAUGAUCGUGCCUCUAUCAUACCGAUACUUUUAUCGCUAUCGCAUCCCAUACUCGCACUACCGUUGGUCAAUACUACUUUUACAAGCACCGCUAACGAUUAAUUAAAUGGUUGAAACAGUCGCAGAAUGUAGAGGGAGAACAACUAGAUGAGUCAACUAGCCAUACCCUUCCACCCCUCGACCCGUGUUUUUGAGAUUGAAGUCGCUCGUUAACAAUACUAGGAAACGCGAGAAACGCAAAAUCAUGACAAGUUUCCUCUUAUGAUCGUAUUGACACGCCUCCCGCUCAUCCAUCCCCUUAUCCAUCCAUCAACCCGCCCACUCGCCCACAUCAAUGAACAUUGGUCAGUCGCCCAACUUCAUUUCGUUGCUUAUGUGGUCGCUCACUCUGAUGUGUAAAACUUUGAUUAAUACUCCUUGAAAAUAAUAAGAAACAUUUUAAAACAUG